AAUAUAUCUUUCAUUUAUUUUGCCAUUAGGGAAUAAAACUGGUGCAAACAUGUGGCACAAUUGCAAGUCUUAGUGCAGUGAAACUGCGAAUGGCUCAUUUAAAUCAGUUAAUGUAAUUAAAUAACUUACAAAAAGACCUAAUGUCUGUUUAACGCGCAAUUACAUUAUUAGCGUUAACGUUCAAAAUCUCCGAUGGCCGUGAAGACAUCGUGCUUCUGUGGGCGUGGUUAGAAAAAUUCCCGUCUGAGUCACGAUUCCCGUAAACGCAUCAUCUUCAUCGUCAUCAUCUUUAUCCUUGUUGCCGAACGACGAUAAACGUCCGCUGGUCAGUCGCUUCCAAGCGAGCGAACCAAACCGCCCAAGAUGUCGCUUUAUCCGCGAUGACGGCAGCCCUCUCUCCCGGCACUCGCUGGGCUCCUAUUGUUCGCUUCGGAGGCGGUAUUGAGCUGGUCGAGAUGUUCGAGUCGUCGUGGCGGGCGCGAGACGUGUGGGACGGGGUGAAGCUGGAGGUGUCCAACGGUUGCGGCUCGGUGGUGCUCCAUAGUUUUACGCAGCUGCACCCGGACCUUCCUCUACCGGAGAGCUCGACGCAGGAGAUUGGCGAAGAAGUGGAGGACGACGCCAUCUUCACCAUCACGCUGCGUAAGGUGCAACUGCACCACUCGUCCAGCAAAGGGCAGCGUUGGCUGGGGGUGGAGACGGACUCCGCCCUCAGCCUCUACGAGACGUGCAAGGUGCGAACCAUCAAGGCGGGCACCCUGGAGAGGCUGGUGGAGUACAUGGUCACGGCCUUCAAGGGCAAGGACUCCACCUACGUCACCAUCUUCCUCUGCACUUACCGAUCCUUUGCCACUGCCAAGCAGGUGCUCGACCUGCUGCUCAACAGGUACGCCAGGCUCCAGAAUGUUCCAGCGGCGACGGCGCAUCGCGUCUGCCAGGACGAUUGCACCGAGCUCAGAAACACGGUAUCGUCCAUCUUGGGUGCCUGGCUGGACCAGUACUCUGAGGACUUCUGGACUCCGCCAGGCUACGACUGCUUGCACCAGCUUUUGUCGUACCUCCACCUUCACUUCCCCGGUUCUGACCUUGAGCGUCGUGCCCGCAACCUGCUGGCACAUUUCCACAGACGGCAGCAGCGCGAGCCCGAAACCGAGGGCGAACACUUGGGCUGCCCGUUCGCCACGCAGGAGGAGAGCGGCUUCGAAGACGAGCUGCCCACUUUCAGCUUCCUCUCCUUCGACCCCAUCAUGGUGGCCGAGCAAUUCACGCUCAUGGACGCGGACCUGUUCAAGAAGGUGGUGCCGUACCACUGCCUGGGGUGCAUCUGGUCCCAGCGUGACAAGAAGGGCAAAGAGCACCUGGCGCCCACCAUCCGCGCCACGGUGGCCCAGUUCAACUCGGUCACCAACUGCGUAAUCAGCACCUGCCUCAGUAACGCCGCGCUCAAGCACAACCAGAGGGCUCGACUCCUGGAGAGAUGGAUCGACGUGGCCCGGGAGUGUCGUAUCCUGAAGAACUUCUCGUCCUUGCGAGCCAUCCUUUCCGCCCUGCAGUGCAACGCCGUCCACCGCCUGAAGAGGACCUGGGAGGAAGUCUCUCGGGAGAGCUUCCGCACCUUUCGCGAGCUUUCCGAGAUCUUCUCCGACGACAACAACUAUUCGCUCAGCCGGGAGCUGCUGGUGAAGGAAGGAACGUCUAAGUUUGCGACUUUGGAGAUGAAUCCCAAACGAGCUCAGCGGAGACACCAGCAGCAGAGAGACCUGGGAGUGAUGCAGGGCACAAUUCCUUACCUGGGCACCUUCCUGACAGACCUGGUCAUGAUGGACACGGCCAUGAAGGACUACACCGAGGGUGGUCUGAUCAACUUUGAAAAGAGACGAAAGGAGUUUGAAGUGAUCGCGCAGAUCAAAUUACUGCAGCUGGCGUCCAACAACUACAGCUUCACUCAAGACGCGCACUUCCGCGAGUGGUUCGCCUCCACCGAGAAGCUCAGCGAGGCCGAGAGCUACCAGCUGUCGUGCGACAUCGAGCCGCUCUCCGAGUCGGCGGGCAACACGUUGCGAGCCAAGAAGAACGGAGGCAUCAUGAAACGAUGGAGCGAUCGUCAGUUGGCCGAGGGCUCGUCCGGUUGCUCGGCGGCCGGAAGCGGUGGCGGCGCCGUGGGCUCCCACUCCAAGUCCUUUGAGCACGCCCACUUCCGACCAUACCAAGGCGGCGACGGCGGCGACGCCCUCAGCGUCACCUCCGUCAGCUCCAGCGGCUCCGACCUAGAGGACGUCAAUGCCAGCUUCCUCUCGGACUCGCCCGAGGGACACGAGAGGAAGACGUCAACGCCUUCGGUGAAACUUUCCGUUUCCGCUCUGGGGAGAGAAGCUUCGGCUGCAGACACAACCUCCACGGUACCGCUCACUUGCACUUUGGUACAUUUUACCUUCGCGACGUCCUCGAAAGAUAAUGUGACGUGCGCGUGGCAGUUCUGGGAGUGCACGUCGCUGUCGUCUCUGGACACGUCGGGCAUGGGCUCCAGCUCGGGCUCGGCGUCGGGCUCCAGCACGGCGUCGUCGUCGUCGGUGUCGUCGGCGGCGGCGCUCUCGCUCUCUCUGUCGGCGGCGCGCUCGCACAAGCGCUCGGUGUCGGCCGUGUCCAACUACUCCACGCUGUCGCUGCCCCUCUACAACCAGCAGGUGGACGACUGCUGCAUCAUCCGCGUCAGCCUCGACGUGGAGAACGGGAACAUGUACAAGAGCAUCCUGGUGACCAGCCAGGACAAGACGCCCGCCGUCAUCCGCAAGGCGAUGAUCAAACACAAUCUGGAGAGGGAAAAAACCGAAGACUACGAGCUGGUGCAGAAGAUCUCAGAAGACAAAGAGCUCCGCAUUCCCGACAACGCCAACGUCUUCUACGCCAUGAACUCCAGCGCCAACUACGACUUUGUGCUGAAGAAGCGCGGGCCGGCGCGACCCGUGCGCGCCAAGACAGUGGCCAGCUCCACGCUGCCGCGCAUGAAGCAGAAAGGACUGAAGAUCGCCAAAGGCAUUUUCUGAGAGCGCGAGAGAGCGCCACCAGGAGCACCUUAGCACUUAGUUUGACCUCGGGAAGCUCUGGACCUCAUUUUGCGGGCCAAGCCAGGAAAGCCGUCGCACUUUGGAUGCUUUUUUUUUCUUUUUUUCUUAAACAGCAUCCUGGCCUUGUGUUGACGCAUGGUCAAACAAACAUUGUCCCAUGGAUAGGAUGUCGUUGCACUUUUGAAAUUGUUUUUUUUUUACAACAUUCUAGUCCUUGAUGAUGACACAUGGGCAAAAGGAUGUUGUCCCGUGGGUAGGAUCCAGAUGUCUGGGAUGCCCACUGGUGACACAUGGGCAAACGAUCUGUUUUUUUUUUCACAGCAACCUGCCGAUGCUCUGGAUUGACAAAUGGAUCUUGUCCCGUGGGAGGGAUCUAUAUGUUCCUCACGGUCAUUGCGCUGAUACGUGGGCAAAACAGAUGACGUCUGGUGUGCCGGAUGCCCCACCCCCACCCCACUGCCAGUGUUCUGGAUGCCCACCAGACAGACAUUGGGCACAAUGGAAACGUUGACAAAUGGUCAAACAGACCACGAGUUAAACGCCGCUUGACAACUUGUAUGUAUGUCAGCUGUGCCGUGACGUUUUUGCUUUGUACAAUUUUUGUUGUUGUUUCUCGGAAGAUGGUGCUGUUGAUUAUCUUUCAUUCAAGCGGUUCCAUGAUUUCACCCGCUGCCGUGGUUGGAAAUAGAAUGACAUUUUUGGGAAUUUUUCACCUCAGCCCUCAAUUCUUGUUGAGGCAAUCCUCCUGUCGUUUAUUUAUUUUUUAUUUUUUUUCUCAAAUCUUUUUUACUAAUAACUUUGCACUUGUGACAAAAGGCUCAGUGCUUGGCAUAAAUAACGUCAAGUCAGGUGUUUCUUAAUCGGUAUGAAAAUAUUUUUCAUAAUUUUUGCUGAUGAUCACAAUCAAAAGGCCUUUUAGAAAAGAAAAAAAUAUGAAAAGCAAGCAAGGACCUUUUUCCAUGAAUGUUCUCUGCGCCUCCCAUUGACCACUUAUAGUUUCAUGGUGUUCCACUUAAAAUUUAAACUUUAAUCUUGUUUGACUGAAGUUUUUCUUAAACCAAAAUACUGUAUAUGGUUGUAAAAUAUUACCCCCCUCGCCCCCAAAUUCUGACUUGACUCAUAAACAAAUGACUUUAAGAUUGACUUUUUUGCACCUAAAAGUUUUCAUCCCUUUUUAUUUAAAAAGGAUUACUUCGUUGUUAAAAAAUUAAUUUAUUGUAAAAAAUGUUUACUUUGCUCAUAUAAUAUUGUAACAAUUUUCUUUCAGCAAAAAUGAAAAAUUCUUUCUGGUACGAUUGCUACUUUCCCACCCCCCAAUGAACCUUCAUUUAGUCUUGUGAAAUUACAACUUGAUUCAAAAACUUGAUUUUUUCUUAGUCCCAAUUUUGUUUUCAAAACUUCAUUCAUGACAAAAAUGGAAAAUAAAUUGGGAAUAAUUCCAUUAUAUUCUGGAAAAAAAAGUAGGACACAGAGAAAGACAAAGAGGAAAAAAUGACUACGAUAAAACUUAACCACUAGAACCUUUUCACUGGAAAGAAUUUUCCUUUUUACCUGUUGGCUUGUUAUUUCUGCUGAGCACUGUACGACGUAAACGUUUACCUUUGGAAAUGAUGAAAGGAAAGUCUUGAGAUAAGGCGCAACAGCGCUGAAGGAAAUGACGUAGUUGAGUUCUUCCGACUCCACACAAAGGAACUUUGGAAAUUGACGCUGGCUGCCAAGCAAGACGGGAAAUGUUGGGAAAGCAGCCAGGCAGAGAAAAUGGCAUGAGCACCCAAGAAUAUUUUCUCAUCUCUGUCUCAAAACAAAACAUUUGCCUGUUGCCACUGCCGACAUAUUUUGGAUUUUUAUUAUUUGCUUUUAUUUGCGGCAAGUCUAAAUGGUGAUGGAGGGAGUCACUGCGGGCUUCAUGUCGAGCACUGUGAACAACAACAAUAAGUGUCAAACAAGUCAUUUGCCUUUAAAGUCAGGAGCAAACCUUUGGAUUUCUUCUUUUUUUUAUUUUAUUUUUUUCAUCUUGCUUAUGAACAAAGUUGUGAAUUUACACGUUACGCAUCAAGAAGCUUAGCGCCCUUUGACACGCUGCGGAAAUAACUUUUGUCGCUUGUGUGACAAUUUACAUUUUACAUUCUUGGUGUGUCACAAUCACUUGUUACAUGUUGACGUGUCAAAACAUGUAACAUGACGCUUGACAUUUACAUGUUACACUGACAUGACGUGACCUUUGACAUGACAAUACGUUGCGUUUACGUGACAUUCAAUUUGACACGACGCUUGGCACUUCCCAUGAAACUUUACAUGUCAUGGUUACAUCAGUUGAUUAAACACUUGAUGUCGAGUCACAUCAAAUGUCAUGUUAUGCCAUCUCAUGACUUGGUAACAUUUGGCAUGUUGCGGCAGUGAUCCUUGACAUGUUCUACCACAACAUAUAACGUGUCGCAUUACUUGAAAUGCCCACGCCGCUGACGUUACACGAUGUGUUAACAUCUGCUCAUGACGUGCCACUUGUGUGUGUGCGUGCGAGCGAGUGUGGAAAAGGCAAAUUGUGUAUUCCUUUGUGCAGCUGAUGCUUCUGUGGUUUGUGUGUUGGCGCUUUGACAUAACUUUUUUUGUGAUGCUCGAGUGUGUGUGCGCGUGUGUUGUUGCAUUCUGCUGUGCUCGGAUGCCAUAUUUUUUGUUAUUAUAACUAAAAGACUGACAAACUUUUUUAAGUCUCUUCCUUUACUACUUUCAUCAUUCCAGCAGGACUAAAAACAAUGUAGAGUACAAAAAGUGUCCCGCUCUAUUUAUUGAUUUGAAUAUACAGGUUUUUUUUUUCAUUGUAAAUUCUCUUCUCUCUUGGUCAUAGGUUAAUAUAUUAGUGUAUAUAAAUGAAUAAACAUACCGUUUAUAAAAGAA